AUGGAGAAAGUCUUGUCCAGCCCGCAGGAGCCGCGGGUGGAGCUCACGGCAGUCAGCGCUGGUGGCAGCAGUGCCCAGCGGCUGGACGCUGAUGGCAAGGUGGAGGAAAAGCUUGGGCCCAAACUGGAAGAGCAGCCACCUGAUCCCAACCCGAACCCAGAGGGCGUGGGAAAGACUGUAAAAGACGAUGCCCUGGGCCCUCUGGCUGGGGCAGUUCUGAGCCCGAGCCAGUCACUGGUGUACAUCCCACCGCCCAGCUGCGGGCAGCCGCUCAGCGUGGCCACGCUUCCAGCCACCUUGGGGGUCUCCUCCACACUCACCCUCCCUGUCCUGCCUUCCUACCUACACGAUCGCUGCCUGCCGGGCAUUAUCGCUUCCCCAGAGCUGCGCUCCUACCCCUGCACCUUCUCCGUCACCAGACCCUUGGCUUCAGACGCCAAAGUGGUGUCUGUGGAGUCACUCUCUCCUCUGAAGUCCCCUCCGCAGCUGGAGCGUGAGAUGGUCUCGUCUCCGGAGUGCAGCGAGAUGCCUCUCGAUCUCUCCUCCAAGUCCAAUCGUCAGAAGCUGCCUCCGCCCAGCCAACGCAAAACUCCUCCUAUGCCCAUCCUCACACCCGUGCACACCAGCGGCAAAGCCCUUCUCACCACGGUCCUGUCCAAGUCCCAGCGUGCGGCCCAGACCACGGGCAGCAGCGUCACCUCGUGUCUUGGCACCACCCCUCCCUUAGUCAUCUUCCCCGAGUUCUUGCGCAAUGGUGAGCAGGGCUCCUGGGUGAAGAACACCGCGCUCAUCAGCGCCAUUCCAGGCACCUACGUCGGCGUCGCCAACCCAGUGCCUGCCUCGCUGCUGCUCAGCAAAGACCCUGCUGUGAGCUUCAGCAGGGACCCGCGCCACCUUCCCAAGCAGGAGCCUAUUUCCAUCAUCGAUCAGGGAGAACCUCGCAGCGCUGGGGUUCCCUGUGGAAAGAAAGCCAACCAGACCAGUGCAGAAGGACAGCAGGAUCCUGCCAGGAGACCUCUUCAUGGCAGAGUUACUGCAGGAGCUCCUUUGUGUCAGUCCAAGGACAUCUCCACCUGGAAUCCUGGCCAGGGAAGUGUGUACCCACGAUGCCCUGUGAACGGAAAACCUUCCAAUCCUCAGCUUCUGCCCCUUGGCUGGUCUCCUUAUCAUCAAACCCCCCUGCUUUCGAUUGGCAUCUCCACAGCAGGGCAGCUGCCCCCAGGCCAGAAUAGCUCCUGCAAACCAGCGGGGGCAGGGGAGCUCCUGACAUUCCCGAGCGUGCAGCCCGCUUUUUUUGCCCAGAGCCUGCCGGGGGGGCUGCCCAGGCUUCCACCUCAGGAACGGGAAGCUGCAGCCAAGAGCAAGAGCUGCCGGGCCUUGCCCAAACUCUAUGAGCAGCCGGUCAACCCAGUCCUGUUGGAUGCAGGUCCAUCUCCUCAGUCCAGUGCUUUGGAUGUGAAAGGGGAGAAGGGGAAGCUGGACAACCCUCAGAAGAGUCAGGAGUGUGAUCCACCAAAGCCUGACUCCAGUAAGGAGGGCAAUGUAGAGAACGUACAGACUGAGGCUCCUCCCCAGGGGAGCUGUAGCCUCAAGCAGUUGGAUGCAAAGCCUAAAGCCCAAGUGUUGGCAGCAUAUUUGUCGCACGAUGUGCCGGCGGCAGGGCAGCAGAGCCUGCGAGUGAGUUCAGAGGUGCCUCCUGCACCGGGGGGGCGCCAGCGCAAGGAGCAUUUUUCCCUGGAGGCCCCUGCCGCAGAGCCCCUCCAGUGCGUGCAUCAGGUGGAUCUGUGCAGGGUCAAGAAGGAGCACGUGGAGUGUGACCUGUCAUUCACUCCUGUGACUUGCCUCCGAGCUGGGACUGCUCCCCAGGCCUUUGCCGAGGUCAAGCUCAAAGGAGCAGGACAGAUCAAGCAAGAGGGCAGCGUGCGCUGCAAGUCCAAGCGGCAGCAUGACGGGGACACCAGGCAGGCCCACAAGAGAGUGAAGUGCCAAGGCCAGGAGAGCAAGGAUUCUCCUGGGAAGUCGGGGAGCCGGAGCGUGCAUGGCCGGAAGGUGUGCGAAUUGGCCGGGGCUGCUGGGUUAUGGCAGAGGCUGGCGAAGACGGAGCUGCCAUCGCCGGUGCAGCGCGGGGACAGCCGCGAGGAAGGUUACCUUGAGAAGAAACCCAAGAACAACUUUCGGGAUUUCAUUCCGGUGGUGCUGAGCAGCCGGACACGCAGCCAGUCGGGAAGCAUUGCUGGCUCUUCUGCUGGUGUGACGGGAGAAUGUGAUGUAACUGGUCAGGAGAUUCUACCGUUGCUGGAGGAGGAUCAGGAAGAAGAAGAGGAGGAGGAGGAAGAGGAGGAGGAAGAAGAGGAGGAGGAGACAUCUUUGAAACGCCGCAAGCUGCGAAAAUCCCACAGGACAUCCCACUACCACAGCCACAGGGCCAGGGACAGGUCUGUGUCCGGGAGGAGCAGCUGUUACACAAGGAGGACCCGGGACCUGCCAUGGAGAGUGGAAUCACCCAGGCAGCUGUGGGAGCCCAACGAGGAGGAGGAGGAUGACGAUGACAGCCACGUCAAAAGGAAGAAAAGGAGACGACAGAAAAGUCAGAAGUACCAGACAGGGGAAUAUUUGACGGAGCGAGAGGAGGAGCGAGUGGGCUACCCCCACAGGAGGCGGAAAUCCAAAGCAGAGUUUAGGCACCGGAAGCAGAAGGAGUCUGUGAAGGGUAAAGGCACAGAGCUACGGCUGAGGAGCAGGCUUUCCCCAUCACCCCGAAAAUCUCAAGGACGCCCAGACUUUCGGAAUGGCUUCUUCCUGGAGCACUCUGACAGCUCUCCUGCCCAAGAAGAACUGGAGAAGCCAUCAGGAAAACGCAAAUGUAAAACCAAACACCUGGCAGGGAUCUGUGAUGAGGGAAAGGGGAAAGGCUGCUGGAAUCAGCCCAAAAUGCACUCUCUGAAGAAGUCCCAGGACUUGUGGACGCUUCACAAGUCCCAUCGGGUCAGCCCAGGGAGUUCCCCCGAACUGCCCCCAGCCCAGAACAUUCCUCCUGGAGCUCGGCGGCUGAUUGUGAACAAAAAUGCAGGGGAGACCCUUCUGCAGCGAGCAGCUCGCCUGGGCUACAAGGAUGUGGUGCUGUAUUGCCUGCAGAAGAAGAGCAGUGACGUGAACCAUCGUGACAACGCUGGCUACACAGCGCUGCACGAAGCCUGUGCACGAGGCUGGAUCGACAUCCUCCACAUCCUGCUCGAGCACGGCGCCAACGUGAACUGCAGCGCGCAGGACGGCACUAGGCCUGUCCAUGACGCAGUAGCAAAUGACAACCUGGAAACCAUGUGGCUUCUACUCUCCUAUGGUGCUGAUCCCACUCUGGCCACUUACUCUGGGCAGACAGCUGUGAAGCUUGCCACCAGCGAGGUGAUGAAGCGCUUCCUCUGCGAUUAUCUUUCGGAUCUCCAGGGGCGCACGGAUGGGGAUCCUCGAACAGCGUGGGACUUCUACAGCAGCUCUGUCCUAGAGGGGAAGGAUAGCAUUGGAUGUGAUCUUCUGCUCAACCCUCCGGGAAGUUCAGACCAGGAGGAAGAGGAUCAAGAUGCAGACAACUUCCUCUUUGAGUUCUCAGACAAGCCACUGCUUCCCAGCUAUAACCUCCAAGUAUCAGUCUCUCGGGGGCCCUGCAACUGGUUCCUCUUCUCUGACGUGCUCAAGCGGCUGAAGCUAUCCUCCCGCAUAUUCCAGGCCCGCUUCCCGCACUUUGAGAUCGCCACCCUGCCCAAGGCCGAGUUCCAGCGGCAGGGGCCUCUCCCCCCCGGCUCUGCAGAGACAGUCGAGCUGGUGCACUACGAGCCCGAGCUACUGCAGCUCCUGGGUUCGGUGGUGGAGUACCAAGCCUGGAGCAGCUGA